UAAACAUCUCGAGUUUUACGUCCUGCCCCGGCGUUAGGCAUUCAACCAGAAUUGGCUGUACGUUUGUGUGUGCUAGACGACGUUUUGUACCGUUUUUAACAUCGAUCUUGAACAUUUUGCGUUACGCAAUUAUUUUUAGGUACUCACAACCCGUAUACUCAUGCCUUUGUUUAUCCAACAAUUUGGGGCAUUCCGGCGUUGUGCCCGUAUUUUCGCUGAAGUUCGUUUUUUUAAUUCACAUACGGUAAGCUCACCAAGUAAAACAUCGAAAGAUGUUGAGAACAAAAAGGAAGAGUUUACAAAUGUAGAUGGACUGAAAGAGUUUUUUGAUAGUCCCGAAAACUUUGGAGCCUUUGAAGUGAAACAUGGACGCAGCUGGAACCUCCAUGAAUUGCGAAUUAAAUCGAACAGUGAUCUCCACAAACUGUGGUAUGUACUUCUCAAAGAGCGCAAUCUAUUGCUCACGCUUGAAGCCGCAGCAAAGAAUGAGAUCGAAAUUAUGCCGAGCCCCGAGCGGUUAGAUAAGGUUGAGGAAUCGAUGACAAACCUUGAAAGUGUUGUUCGAGAGCGUAACAAGGCCUAUUUCGAUCUGGAGGUAGGUGAAUCUGGGGAAAGGCCUGUCCAAAAUAAAUUAGAUUGGAUGGGAAUUGUUAAAAAAACACGUCUGUCGGAGCACUGGAUGCCUCAGCGGUAUAACAGUUCAUAUAACAGAAAGUACCCCUUGCCAUUCAAUGAUAAGAACCAAAACUGGUUUCUUCAGCGAUAUCGGGAGCUGGAAAUGAAAAGAAAGGAACGUCUAGACCAAGCAAACCGAAGGAGGGUUCGUCGCCAGUUUGAGUUGUUCCCCGACGUUGACGUGACAGAAUUAAAACGCAGGUUUCCUGAUAUCGAUGUCGAAAAAAUUCAAAAAGAAGUUCAAGGAAAACUUUUAUUUCCUUGAUACUUUCAAAUUUUGUAUACCUAGAAAUGCAGGUGUUUGAUCAAUGAUUGCAAGUUAGUCAGUAAAUGCUGUGCUAUACUUAGUAAAUCGUACCUUUAGCUGUAUUGUAAGAAAUUUAAAUUAAGGGCUCCAAAGAAUAGCAUUCAGCAUUACGGGCAAUUACAAUAAACUUCAAAAGUAGCCUUUGAUCUAUUACAGUUU